CGGCGUGAUGGCGGCGGGGCGGCCGGGCGUCGGGGUCGGGGUGGUGGUCACCAGCCCCAGGCACCCGCGGUGCGUCCUCCUCGGGAGGAGGAAGGGGGCCGUCGGCGCCGGCGCUUUCCAGCUCCCCGGGGGGCACUUGGAGUUCGGUGAAAGCUGGGAAGAAUGUGCUGAAAGGGAAACCUUGGAAGAAACAGCUCUUCACCUGAAAAAUGUUCGCUUUGCUUCUGUUGUGAAUUCUGUCAGUGUGAAGGACAGUUACCACUAUGUCACUAUUUUGAUGAAGGGAGAGGUGGAUGUGACUCAUGAAUCCGAACCACAGAAUGUAGAACCCGAAAAAAAUGAAAGUUGGAAAUGGGUCCCUUGGGAAGAAUUUCCUCCACUAGACCAAUUAUUCUGGGCUUUACGGUGUUUAAAGGAGCAAGGUUAUGAUCCUUUUAAAGAAGAUUUUAAUCACCUUGUAGGAUAUACCGGAAAUCACCCUUGAAAGAAAGCCCUAGGUACUCUGGUAUAAAUUUUAGCUUCUCCUGAAGUAACGUCCUUUCAGUGUCUCCAAAUACCUGGAGCUGUUGUCAUUGAAACCAAAAGUCACUAUUUUAUUCCUGCUUACAGUGAUUGUCUUUAAAAGAAGAAACUCUCUCUUGAUUUGAGAAGCAGCAGGGCCUAGUGGAAAGAGCAUGGUCUUCAGAGUCGGGGGACCUGGGUUCUAAUCCUGGCUCCGCCACUUGCCUGCUCUGUGACCGCAGGCAAGUCACUUGACUUCUCUGUGCAGUUUCCUCAUCUGUAAAAUGGGGUGUCAUAUCUCCCUCCCCCUUCCCCUCUGGAGGGGAAUUCAUGAGUCCCUAGCAUCCAGACAAAUUUGGGAGUGGGAGACUAGGGAUGAGCAGAACUGUAAAACACUCUGGAAUUCCCAGCUCUUUCGAGAGGCAUUCAUCCCCCCAAUUAAUUCCCACCACCUCAGAUCAUAUCAUCCCUGAGCAUAUAUACCAAUAUACAUAUUUUGUUACUUGUGCUUCUGUUUAUUCUUAAAAUAUUUUUUUAUUCACUCGUUUCAGCUAGUUGUGUCUUUAUUUUUCAUUCUCAGUUUAUCAUUUGGUGCAUGCCUUUUCCCCUUAGAUUGUAAGUUCCUUGGUGGCAGGGGGGGUCUUGUGUUUUACUAAUAUUAAUAUCU